CUCGACGCUGUUACCUGGUGUUACGUGCCACAGAAGCACUAACUGGCCAGUCAGUAUAUCGUCUCGUUCUUGCCCUUGAACAACUUCCUCGCCUGCUACUCGACAGUGUUCCGCGCCUGUCUGCCUGCCUGCGCCCCAGAAACUUGCUCGCCUCAACUGACAGAUCAAGAAGUACAAGGUUGAAUCAUGUCGAGUCCAUCGUUGAAAGACCUGCCUAAAGUAGCCCUAGACCUAAAAAGCGAGUUGGAAGGUUUCAAUCAUGGCUGCAUGAAGAAAGCCGCCACUGCCGAGAAGAACGUUUUACCUUCCGCUGAAGACGUACGACAGGAGCGGCAGCAUUCUGAGUUGAUACACGGCCUGGAGACAUUUAAGGCAGAUCAGUUGAAGCAUGCCGACACAAAAGAGAAGAUUGUAUUGCCUAAUGCCAAAGAUGUUGCCGCGGAGAAGACCCAGCAAACGCUGAUCGCCGGCAUCGAAAAGUUCGACACCGCGAGUCUGAAGCAUACUGAGACCCAGGAGAAGAAUCCGCUACCCGAUAAAGAUGCUAUCCAGCAAGAAAAGGGAAAGCAACAGCUGAUCUCCGGUAUCGAGAACUUCGAUCCGGCGAAAUUGAAGCAUGCGGAAACCCUUGAAAAGAAUCCUCUCCCUACCAAAGAAGCGAUCGACGCCGAAAAGAUAGCUGCUUAGAGAAGUUGCCGCUUAUAAAAAGGAACGAAGGAAAGGAAGACGGGGACGAUGCCACUCGUCGUUUCUUCCAUUUUCUAUAUCCGUGACAUUUUAUAACAAUUAUUCAUACAUUGCCAAGGAAAAAAAGCGCGAAUGCGAAGCACUGUAUUAGUAUCGUAAUGCUAUGAUUAUACUUAUCCUAACGCCGUUAUCGGCGUGUUUUCCUUCUGGCGAGAGAUCAGAAAACUCUCGAUCCAAAACGUCCAACCUCGAAUCGGGUGGCCGACAAUGAUACCACUUUGCUGCCUAUCCUAUCUCGAUACUAAACUGCCCUGGGAGAUAAUUCGACAACAAUCGGACGAGAGAGCGGAUCUAAUUAACCGUAAGUCCUUGCCUCGCUCCAAGCUUUUUCUAACUUGCCCCUUUUCUCUCUUAUUACAUCUAUCCUUGUUGCUAAAUAUACGAUGAAUAUUACACCUACAAAGCGUCGUCUAAAUCCAGCUGCUUAGAUAGAGAGAAACUCGUGGGACAAAAAAUUUUUAGUAAACAUGGCGAAUUAGAAAUUUUACUUUGCGCGAGACGGGGAGGCCUAACUCAAAAGAUCGCACGGAAUUGUCGUCUCCUCGCCAAAGGAUGUGAUUUUUUUUAUACCGAGAGAGAAUUGCAUGCGCGAGCAUAUUCGUUAUUUUCGAGAUUGGCAUCGGUGAUGUUGCAUGAAGCGUUACAACAGACAUCGCCGAAGCACAUACAUACACAAUGGUCUUACCGAUCUUAUAUAUUUAUGUAAAAAUCAUAUUUUAUACAAACGGGCUAUUGUACUUUUCUAAUAUUUCUUACAUCGCAUUGUCAUUCUGAUGAAAUUAUUACGAGAAAUAAAAAAAAAGUAAUUUGUACAAAAA